GACGGUGGGCGCCCCGGCCGGGACGUCCAGUACGCUUCCCCUCUCGCCUGGGACCUUUCCCCCUCUCGGCGUCCGGCCUAACGGCCUUUCUCGGGCUCCUUCUCCCGGCUCCUUCCCCUGCCAGUCGUCGCGCCAGCCAUGCCGGGCCUGUGGGAUCGCUUCUCGUCGGCCUCCGCCUCGUCGGAGCAGCCGCAGCUGUCGCCGUCCCGCCGCUCGCCCGCCUGGGUCCCCGGGGUCCGGGAAGGGGGCCUCGGUCACUCCUCCGGCCUGGAGACCUCAGACUGUGAAUCCCUGGACAGCGGCAGCAGCGGCGGCGGCGGCGGGCUUGGAGCCGAGGACGAUGCCGAUGACUUGGAAGAGCUCUCUCUGCCAGACUUCGAUUUGCUGAACGACCCCGAGGACGAACUCCUCUGUGCCAACCUGAUGCAGCUACUCCAGGGCAGCCUGACCCAGGCCAGGAUGGGCCCCAAGCGCCCAGCCCGCCUCCUGAUGCCCGCCCCGCUGGUGGCCCAGGUGGGCAAAGAGCUGCGGCGGCUGGCCUACAGCGAGCCCUGCGGCCUGCGCGGGGCCCUGCUGGACGUGUGCGUCGAGCAGGGCAAGGGGUGCCACAGCGUGGAGCGGAUCGCCGUGGACCCCAGCCUGGUGCCCACCUUCCAGCUGACCUUGGUGCUGCGGCUGGACUCCCGGCUCUGGCCCAAGAUCCAGGGCCUGUUCAGCGCCGGGCCCUCCUUCGCCCCGGGCUUCGGCCAGUCCUUGACGCUCAGCACCGGCUUCAGGGUCAUCAAGAAGAAGCUGUACAGCUCGGAGCAGCUCCUCAUCGAAGAGUGCUGAGGGCUCCGCGGUGACCCCCCUCCGACGGCUGGGGCUGGGAGAGCCGGAACGGACGGCGUGGGGGUGGGAGGGAGAGGAGGACGGACGGACUGACGCUGGUCCGGGAGGAGAAUCCCGGUCCCUACUCCCCGGGCGGGGUGGCAGAAUCCCUCCCGGCCAAGAGUACGGCGCCUUGGCGGGCGAGAGCCCGUUCAGAUCAGUAGCACAGCUUUCCCGCUCCUUAAUGCGACCAGGGUGGGGGAGGCAGAGCCGGGCUUGCAGCAGGUCUGCAGGGGCAAUUAGACCUGGCUUGUCUGCUAGGCUGUGUGUGAGCGUGCACGUGUGUGUGGUGUAUGGUGUAUAUGGAUGUGUACAGAUCGGCCGAGGUGGGGGGAGGAGGGGGGGGGA